UCUGCAUCCCCGAACCAUCCCCUGUCCCCAAGGGGGAGCCGACGGAGACGGCGGACUCGUUCGACGAAGACGAGUCGAGUUUCGGGUGUGGGGUCGACUGACAGUCGAACCGUGCUUCAGUCGGCCGGCGAACUCGCGUGCCGUGCCUUCGCGUCCGCUGACGCGAACUCUCUCUCUCUCUUUCUCGCGUCGUCGUCGUCGUCGUCGUCGUCGUCGUCGUCGUCGUCGUCCGCCCUUCGUGUAUCCGGUGUACCCGCGACUCGCACGUUCCCCGGCGUGCCGAGGACGGAUCGCUGUCCGACUCGUCCUUUCGAUCCUCGCCGCUCGCGAUCGCACCGUCGUCAUCGUCGCUCGCUCGCUCGCACGCACGCACGCACCGGGACAUCUCUCGAGGAAACGCAGUCUCACCGUCCACCCCGUGGAGUGGAAUGCUGGGCACCGUGGGGGAGACCGGAUCUUGCCGCGGAUCGGCAAGACGCGAGGGAAAGGAUGCUCCUCGCGCGACGUGAGUGCACACGAUGUGAGGGUCCUCGCGCCGUCGGACGACCUGACUUGGAGAACUCGCGCGCGGGUGCGUAGUGCUUCGGGGAAGUGUUAAGUGGUGCAGUGCGCGCGCGGUGAUGUUUCGCUCGUCGGGCGGCACUCGAAAACAGUCCCGAGAACCCGGCCGGUGGACGUAGCCGAUCGAAUAUCGAUACUGGACGUAAACGUUUCCGCGAGAGCCGCUCGAUUGCUCGCGCCGGUGAUAGCCGGCGAAAGGCGUUCAGUGUGUCACGCGCGGGUUUCCCUCGCACGAAGAGUCGCGAACGGUUCUCGGAGCGAAGGUCAACGCUCUGCCACGAGGAGUCCGCCGAGCUCCGUGUCGAGCCGUGAAAAUCGGCGCGCGUCGAGGACUCGGCCAUAUGAAGUGAGAGAAGACCCAGCGAGGCCCAUCGAGAGAGAGUGUGCGACAGUCUGGCGAGUCCUGACCCCGGCGACUCCAAGACGCGUCGGCCGCGGAAACACAUUAGUGACUGACACAUGAGUAUUCGCGACGAGGCAUCGCGUGACGCUGUCCACGUCGGACUCCACUGAAUAUCGUAUCGGUGAAGAGUGGUCGCCGGGGAAUAUAUCGGCUCGGGCGGCUUAACCAAGGACUCGCCGGCAGAGAAUCCUUCCGGUCGGCGCGACAAGUGCGUGUCGGAGCGCACAUGACAGCGGCGUAUCCGCGGGCCGCACGUUGCACCCAGUGAGAGUGUGUGAGUCAGUAAGUCAGUCAGUGAGUGAGUGAGUGAGCGACGUAUCGUCAUCUGCACGAGUCGCGAAGAAUACGACGCGGUAGUCGCGCGAGCGAGCGAGUUUCUCGCGAGCUCUACAAGCGUGGGAUCGAUAGUCGCGCGCGAUAGCUAUCGUUUCGCAGCGACCUGCAUUGUAUCGCCGGCUGGAAAAAAUGCGUUGCCGCGGCGAGGGCCUCGUGCAGUGAUGCGAACCUACUUAAGCGCGCCUCGUGCUAAGUAGUAAGAGCGGACAUUAGUCCGGCGUGGACGCCAACCGCCGCGAGGGAUCCCCUACGUCGUCCACCGUGUCAUCGAUCGGGAUCCGUGCUUCCCGUAAAAUCUCGCAGCAGCAGCCCCCUCGUUGUCGAUCGGAAUCCACGAUCUUUGGCCUUGAGCAGAGCGAGAGAGAGAGAGCGGGCCGAACGCUCUCGUGGACGACAGAGUGGCUGCGAGGACCGAAGCCUGUUAAUUAAAGGGCGGCGGGAGUCAGAACGAGCCAGCAGAUUUAAUGACGCCCCGCCUCUAACCCCGCAAAGAGACCCCGCCACUAACACAAAUAUGAACCCCUAACUAACAGCUCCGCGCGACGAACUCCAGCCAUCGGCACGUUGGCGCCGCCGACGCGUCAGCGUUAUUGCACUCGGCGCGGUCGUCCCGGAACGAUCAUGCGAAUCCCCGAAAAUGCGCAGAACCAGCAGCAACGGCCUGAAGCUCGACCUGACGGAGAACACGCCAGGUAGCUCGCUGUCGAGGCUGCCGAAUCUGGUCGAGCAUGCGGAGACCUGCCAGGCGCUGUCCGCUGGAACCGGUGAGAAUUUGAGCAGCAAGUUGCCUAACGUGGUCGAGGGCUCGAUGGACUAUGGUAGCGAGCGCAGGUCCUCCCGUUACCUGGAGUACCAAGAGAUCAAGUCCUACCAGGACCCCCAGUCGUCCGCCACGGCGGCGCCGGCCUACGAAGGGGGGCCUUACCAUGAUCAGUCGCGUGGCUAUAGGAAUUACGAUCGGAAGGGCGUCGGCUUCGACCGGGAGAAUCUCGAGAGGUUCGACAACCGGAUCUACCCGGAGGAUGGGCUGAGAUACGAGCGUCGCGUAGACCAGCGUACCUACCAAGAGUCGGACCUAGACGCGCCCUACGACCGAAGCGACGCGCAGAAGCUCAGCAGAACGUACCCGGAGCUGCAGGACUCCAGCAGACGAUACUCGCGCGACCUCACCGAUUACGAGUACGCGUCGCGCUACGCCGAAGAGACGCUCAAGCUGGAGCCGAAGAAGGACCACCAUCACCACCACCACCCGGGCAAGAUUUACGAAACGGCCGGCGCCUCCAAGGGCUACGAGUCGGGCGUGAAGACUCACGAUUCCGCGUACGACCUCGGCUCCUGCUCCGGACAGCAGGAGCCCACCGGCGCGAGGCAAUAUGAGAGCAAGUACCACUCGGUCAGCAAAAUGUAUGGCACUCUGCCGAGGUACGAGAGCGGCAAGUCCUAUGAGCCGACCUACGAGUCCAGGUCCUUCGAGCCCAAGUACGACGAGCAGCCGUACGAGGCCGGCGGUAAGGGCUUCGAGUCCAAGUACGAGCUGACGAGCUCCAAGAGCUACGAAAGAGCCAAGUAUGAGAGCACCUCGUCGGCCAGAUACCAGGACAAGUCCUAUGACCAGACGCUGAAGAUCGGCGACCUGGGCUCGUCCUCGUCCGGUGCUUACGUGAGGAAGCACCAGGACCUGGAGGAGACCGGCGCGGAGAAGAUGAACGGCUACAGGAAGAACAAUUUCGAGGCCUACGGGGUUUACUCGGAUCCCGAGGACGACCACGGCUUCUUGGCGGACAAGAAGGCGCCCCAGUACACUUACAAGGGCGUCGUGGUGAACGUCAGCGGGGAGUCCGCGGUGGUCGAUCAGAAGCGCACCAAGGACAGCAGGCAGACCGAGGUGACGCGAAGCCCUUGGUGCAGGCCGACCAUAUUGUUGCUCCUGCUGGUGCUCUUGGUCGUCAUCUUUGUUUUCGUCGCUGGGAUUUUGUUAUACUUCAAUUACAUGUCCUACAAGCCGCGCCAUCCCAUUAUCGAGGGUAAGGAUCUAAAUUUCGCCAGUAAUAACGCGGAACCCUGCGAGAAGACUUACUGCGCCUGGGGCGCAACGUGCAUCGUGUCCGACGGCAAGGCUCAGUGCCAAUGUCCUGCGGACUGUCCUGCGACUUCUGAUCCCGUCUGCGGCUCGGACGACGUGACCUACACGAACUAUUGUCACCUGCGGCAGGCCAGUUGUCAGAAGAGGAAAAACACCAGGGUGAAGCAUCAGGGCGUGUGCGAGGUCAAGGAUCCGUGCACGAAGCUCAACUGCUCGCAAGGCUCGCACUGCGUGCGGAGCAAGAACAGCGAGGCGACCUGCGAAUGCCUGGAAUCCUGCCCGAAUUUAGGGAACCACGAGGGAUCGAACGAUGUCUGCGGCACGGAUGGCAUCGACUAUCCGACACUGUGCGACCUAAAUCGAGCCGCGUGUACGAAAGGUGCUAACAUCACUGUGGCAUUUCAUGGCAAAUGCGAUCCUUGCGCUAAAGUCGUGUGCCAGGAGCUAGAGAUCUGCCUAUUGAACAACAAGCGGCAACCCAUCUGUCAAUGCGGGGAACAAUGCGGCGUAGAAUUAGCGCCGGUCUGCAGCAGCGAUGGCAAGACGUAUUCAAACGAAUGCAGCCUCCGCCAGGAAGCCUGCCGAUCGAGAUUGCCGCUCAGGAAGGUCUACAAUGGCGCCUGCAGCUCUGGAACGAAUCCUUGCGACGAGGCCAAGUGCAGCUCUUACGAGCAGUGUGUCAUCAACCGUUACGGCAUCGCCAACUGCGAAUGCGGCCCCGAAUGCGAGCCGGUGAUGCGGCCGGUGUGCGCCCGCGGCGGCACCACCUACACGUCCAUGUGCGAGCUGAAGAGACAGGCGUGUCUGACGAGGAGCGACAUCGAGAUCGCCUAUGCCGGUACAUGCGGCUCCAAGGGACCCUGCUCGGAGAAGGUAUGUCAAUGGGAUGCAAUCUGCGCGGAAAACGGCGGCAACGCCGUGUGCGAGUGCCCGACUUGUCCGGCUGAAUUUCAGCCGGUCUGCGGCGAUGACGGCAUCAGCUAUGGCAACGAGUGCAAGCUUCGCCUGGAGGCGUGUCAGCAUCGACGGGAGAUACGCAUUCUGUACCAAGGACUGUGCAACGGCUGCGAGAACAAGAAGUGCGAGUUCUACGGCGAGUGCGAGAGCGACAACGCCGGCGAAGCCAAGUGUGUCUGCCCUACCAAGUGCGAGACUACCGUGAAAGAGACCGGCGGGAUAAAGGAGCAAACCGAGAAGAUUUGCGGGUCCGACGGAGUGACCUACGACAACGAGUGCGCUUUGAAGAAGGCGUCGUGCAUGAGCCAGACCCUCAUCACCAUUAGCUACGUGGGUGAUUGCGAACUGUGCGCGAGGGUGGAGUGCGAGCACGAGGCGCACUGCGUGGCGGGCGUAUGCGUGUGCCCGAAAGUCUGCCCGGAGAGCAGCGGAGAGCUCGUUUGCGGUAGCGACGUGAAAACUUACCAGUCCGAGUGCGAGCUGCAGCGUGCGGCCUGCGGCAGGGACCCCAAGUUGCCGGCGUUGCACGUCACGUUUUACGGAGACUGCGGCGACAGAUUCGCCGUGGCGGCACUGACGACCAAGUCGACGCCCGCGGUGACUCGCAUUGUCACUACCGUGGCCGACGUGACCAGCACGCAAGAGCGCGAGGCCUGCAAGGACAUUCACUGCGACUUCGAGGCGACCUGCGAGCUCGGCCCGGACAAGUUCCCUAGGUGCAGCUGCAAGUUCGACUGCGCCUCCAUCUCGUCGGAGAAUAUGCGGCCAGUAUGCGGCAGCGACCUCAGGAUCUACGCCUCCCUCUGCGCCAUGAAGAUGGAGGCCUGCCAGCGGCAGCAGGAGCUGCGACUCAGGCCCCUCGAACUCUGUCAAGGCAUGGAAGUGAAGCCUUGCAACGGCGACCCUCCGUUAGUAGACGUCGAGGGCAAAGAAUACGACUGUGGUAGCGGACCAGAACGCAAAGACUGUCCUAGCAAUAGUUACUGCCAUCAGACGACGCGAUUCGCUCGUUGCUGUAAGAAAGUCCAAGGAAUCCAAGUGGUAAAGUGCACGGACUCGUGGCACGGCUGCUGCCCGGAUGGAAAGACCGCCGCUCUCGGCCCGGACAACGCCGGCUGUCCGAGCUUGUGCAACUGCAAUAGGCUUGGCAGCGUGUCCGACACCUGCAACCCCGAAACCGGUCAAUGCGAAUGCAGGCCGGGCGUGGGUGGUCUCAAGUGCGAUAGGUGUAUGCCGGGUUACUGGGGACUGCCGAAGAUUAGCGAGGGUCAUCAGGGAUGCAUACCAUGCGGCUGCUCGCUGUUUGGCUCCGUCAGAGAGGACUGCGAGCAGAUGACGGGACGUUGCGUCUGCAAGCCCGACAUUCAGGGGCAAAAAUGCACGAUCUGCAACGACCACAACAAGAUACUCACGCCUACCGGAUGCUAUUCAGCCGAUACGAUACCGCCCAUUCCGACGUCCUGCAACGAGCUGGAAUGCUACUCGGGCGGCCACUGCUCGGAGAUCGGCAACGCGCACUGCGUCUGCCCGUCCUCCUGUCCUGCAGACAUACCGGCCGUGCCGGUCUGCGGCAGCGACGGGCAGACCUACGACAACGAAUGCGAGCUACGGCUGUACGCGUGUCGCCACCAAGCCGACGUGGUCACGCAGGCCUUCGGCCACUGCAGAGACGACCCUAUGGUCAACACGGACUUCCCCGUUAAGAGAUAUACAGCUGUACAGUACACGCAACCAGCGGCCGCCAUGUCGCCGUUGUCCAAGUCCACGCGUCAUCUCCUGGUGCCGGAGCCGGACCCACGUUAUUAUUACACCCAUCGAGCUCAUCAAGAGACCAUCACCAUCGACCGAGAUAACUUGAAACACGGGGUGGCCGCGGUGUAUCGACCGACUCCGGCGACAAUUCGUGUGGUCACCGCUUUGCUGGGUGACCUUUGCACCGACGACAAGGAUUGCACGAUACCUAACAGCGAGUGCUCCAAUGGCGGCUGCAUCUGUUCCGAGGGCUAUGCGGAGACCAGCGAUCGACAGGAGUGUUUCGCCAAUUACGUGCCGGUGACACCGACCGAGGAAUUUCGCGCGUGCCUCUCGUAUCCAUGUCACAUGACCUCCACGUGCAUCGACCUACCCAGCGCGACUUUCGCCUGCGUGUGCCGGCCAAAUUACACCGGACUGCUGUGCGACGAGGAGAUCAACAAAAGGGAUUACGAGGUGCCCUCCUUUGACGGCAAAAGCUACGUCAGGAUGAACCGGCUGAAAGCGUAUCACAAAUUCAGCAUCGAGGUCGAGUUCAAAACAUACGCGGACAACGGCAUCAUACUGUACAAUCAGCAGAAGAACGACGGCACCGGCGACUUUGUCUCACUGGCCGUUGUCGACGGAUAUGUGCAAUUCAGAUACAACUUAGGAAACGGGCCUGUAAUACUCACGUCGCCGGAGAAGGUGACCAUGAAGACCUUCCACCGUGUGGCAGCUAAGAGAUACCACAAAGACGGAGUCCUGAUCUUCAACGACGGCGAGGACGUGGCCGGGCAGAGUCAGGGGAUGUUAAAAUCCUUGGAUCUGAAUCAAGAUACCUUCAUUGGAAAUAUGCCGAGCAAUUACUCCAAAGUCUAUGACAAUAUCGGCACCAACCACGGCCUGCUCGGCUGCAUACGCAAGCUAAAGAUCAACCGGAUCCACGUGGACCUCCACGUGGGCCGUGACAAGGACGUGCUCGAGAGCUAUCGUGUAAAGGAGUGCGGUGACAACGCGUGUGCCAAUCUGCCCUGCCAAAACGGCGCGACGUGCCAGCCGAUCUUCGAGGAGGACCUCUGCAACGGCCGGGAGUGCAGGAGGUUGCAGAAAAGAGGUCGAGGCAGGAACAGAGGUGGCAACGGCAACAAAGGCGGGGUGAACAUCGUCAGGUGCAGGGGUACCCAUUGCACCUCGGUGGACUCGGGGAAAGGAUCCAAAAGGAGCGCGAGAAAACAUUGCGCCACCAACAAGUGCGACUACGACUACGAGUUCGAAUAUGAGAACAAUUACGAGCAUGGCAAUUACGCAGUGGAGAAGUACGAGCCGCCGGAUUACAGGUGCAUAUGCCCGCCGCAGUUCACCGGUCGCAACUGCGAGGAGUCGCUGGACCCGUGCAUCGGCGAGCCCUGCCAGCACGGCGCCACCUGCGACAUCCUGCCGCAGGGAGGAUACGUGUGCAAAUGCCCGCCUGGCAGAACCGGCGAGCACUGUGAGAUCUUGGACGCCGAGUUGACGGAGCUGCUGAUUCCCGAGAUGUCGGGCAACGGAUUCCUGGAGCUGCCUUGCUUAGAGGGGGUCGCAAAAGCGUUCUCCAUCGAGCUUUGGUUCCUCACGCACGCGAGCGACGGUCUCUUGCUCUACAACGGCCAGCUGAACAACGCCAAGGGCGAUUUUAUUAGUCUGAACUUGGUCCACGGUAGGCUGGAGUUCAGAUUCAAUCUCGGCAGCGGCAUCGCAAAUAUCACAUCACCCGAUCCAGUCAGUCUGGACACCUGGCACUGCGUGAGAAUCAGCAGGCUCGGCCGAGAGGGAGUCCUUCAGCUCGACGACGGUACCGUCGCCAGAGGAUUGUCCGGAAGUCCUCUCACUGAACUGAACCUGGAAAUGCCGCUUUACGUCGGUGGCGUCAAACACUGGCGAGAAGUACAUCGCCUGGCCGGAGCGUGGACCGGGUUGGUGGGCGCCGUGCAGAGACUAAUGGUAAACGGCAAAACAUAUCAGAAUCUCGCGGUGAAUGUUACUCAACACAACACGGAGAUUUACGACGGUCUACCGUGCCCCAGCAACGAGAACCCUUGCCACAACGGCGGGGUCUGCCUUCCACUUCUGAACAGUUAUCUCUGCAAGUGCGCCAGCGGUUACAACGGCUUGCACUGUGAAUUCUUCAUGGGCUACGACAUUUCCGGCACGGAGAUCUCCGAGCGACCGGUGCGAUUCGAGGGCGACAACUUCCUGCAGUUCAAGCAUCGCUACGGCAGAAGUACUAACUCGACUAACACUACUACUACUACCCUCGGCGAGUACUUUGAAGAGUCCUACUCCGACUACGACUUGGAGGAGGACGUCGACUACGAGUACGACAGUUACGAUUACACGGAACGCAGGGGACAGCAGUCGAAUAAGUUCGAGCUGCGGCUAAGAACUGUACAUUCUGACGGACUGAUCGCGUGGGUGGGCAGAGGAAAGAUCGAGCAUCUCUUCUUGUUCCUGCACGACGGUCACGUGGUGCUCACUUACAAGAGCAAGACUGAGCAGAUAUCCGUAAAGAGCAGAGAAAGAGUGGACGACGGGAUCUUCCAUCACAUUCGAGCGUCCCGACGACGGAAGGCUUCGACCGUGCAGAUCGACGAGUAUGCACCCGUGAAGGUCGCGACGGAGACGACGUUGCUGACGACCAACGGCAAGCUCUUCGUCGGCGGCAAGCCGGGCCAUCGCGGCAUCAAAGGCUGCGUGACUGACUUCAUCGUCGACAAACGGCGGCUGCAGCUAGCCAGACGGAGGAUCGAAUUCUGCCACGACAAUGACGUAUGAUAACGAACCCCAAGCCCGACGAUCGUCGCCAACGCGACGUCGACGUCAGAGGAGCCCGUCGACCUGACGACGCAGCCGUCGUCGGCGACGAGUUAACGCGCGAACUUUCACGCUCGCUCGCGUCGGACCAAGAUCGACGAUCGUCCUCGAACGGUGUAUCGACCGCAACAACAACGAAUCGCACGAGCCCGACGAUCGUCGCCACCAUCGCCGUCCUCAUUGACCGCGGUCGACCUGGUGAACGCCUCUCCUGCCGUUAACGAGUCGGAACGGACUGUGCGACGCGCGCGUCGUCGAGACGAAGUAUAGAAGAAUUGCAUGCUCAAGCCGAUCGUGCGACGCGCUGACUCUUGGACAUCCAAGGUCAAACCCGAAGAAGAGCAGCUCUUCUUCGCGCUCGCGGAUCGCGCUGAGGCCUCGACGCGACGCGACUCGAGGAGAAAUGAAAAAUCCCGGGGCUUCAUCGCGUUCUCGAGGAGACGGCGAUUCACCGGAAAGUUACCAGGUCUGUUAUUUAAUGUCGCGUCAGUCGUGAGGCAAAGGGAACGAGAAGAAUUUUCCGUCUGAGGAACGCAGAACUGAAUAGACCCGCAGAUCCAAGUGCGACUUCCACCCUCGCUCCACCAGGAGGCCGUGUUCCCGAACGAGCAGGAGCUCAAACCCGAAACAGGACCAGGACCAAAAGCAGAGUUCUCCAUGGCGCAGCGCUGCACGAUAGUGCUCUGAGAUAAUGAGGGAAUCGAGACGAGACCCAGCCACAAUCAUACCCGCGCUCAACGCGGCGGAAAUCCGCGAAUAGAGAUCGGAAGGGAGGCAGGACUGGAAGCGAAACAAGCUUCCGCUUGGAAAAUAGCGCACCUCGCGUUCUCGAGGUCUACCAGACCGCACGCCGGAACCCGGAAUCGCAAGCCCCGCGACUCCGUCGUCGUCGUCGUCGUCGUCGCGCAGCGAUAACGAGACCAGGCGCGAAGUGGAGACGCACGGACGCAACUGGCUUAUUUGCCGCCACACGUCGAGGGUGCUCCAGGAGCGUGUCAGCUCGCAAGAGCAUCACGUUUUCACAGAGUCACCCCAAUAAUCCUGCGGGAUAAGGAACGAAAAGCAGUAGGGCUCGAUAUCGCGGCACAUAUUCCAGCACUCACUCAGAUCACAAACCGACCACAGUUCAGGGAUGAGAGGGAAGGUCGCGCGAGAAUCAAUCGACUCGAGCUCGAUCGCUUCACAUUAUCGUCCAUGUGUGGUCGACGAGGGCGGGAGGAGGGAGGCAGGGGGGAAAAACACCAAGGGAUCGGUCGUCCCGGGUCGUCGCGCGGCUGGACUAAGGACAAUGGGAGGGACAGCGGCGAGCUACAAGUGCUAUACACUACAUUUUCAUCGAAAGACAAUAAUAUAUUUUUAAGGUGGCGAAGUUUAAGGUAUACAUAUGGAUAUGACAUGUACGUAAGAAUUUAUCUGUAUACGUGCGUGAGUGCGUGAAUGUGUGUGUAUGUGUGUGUGUAUAUGUGCGCGCGCGCGCGCGUGGCAACACGUGCGAACGACGCGGAUUUAGUACGAGGGAGAUGAAGACACGUCACACACAACACACGAAACAUACACACACACACACGGGGUCCUUUUCUCUCCGCUCUCGCGUGAGAGCCCUCGUUGUUAGAGAGUUUAUUCCGUAAGUUGUAACCCGCAGCACACCUAAUAACCGUUUACGAUGCCAAGACUGACUUAUAAAAGAGCGUACGGGCGGGCGAACGGGCGAAAUGAAGCUAUCACGACGACGAGAGAAGCGAGAGGCGAAAGGAAAAGCGAGAAAACGAACAAAAAAAGAAAAAGAAAAUAAACAAAAAAGAUAAAUCGGUGUUAUGUUUGAGUGUUCGGUAGAGAGAUUUAAUGACCGUGGAUUUUUCCAGAAUAGAAAAAUGUAUUUUAAGGGACUUGUUGAUUUAUCGCCAGUAUAGUAGACUCACACACACACACACACACACAUACGACGCGUUGUUUUUAGGUAGGGGAGGCUUUUUACAAAGAAAAAAUAAUAAAAAUAAAAACGCGAGCAAGAGAAUAAAAAUAUAUAUAUAAAUAUAUAUAUUAUACAUACACACACUUAUAUGACACGCAGGCAUUCCAUUCGAAAGACGGAAACCGGGGUUUAAAUUUUACGUAAGUAGUCGCAUUAUAAUUAUAGCCGGCGCGAGCGCGGUCCGUGAGCGUUCAGAUCUCGCGAACUAGAUAGACCCCAAAAGUAUUUUAUCGCGAGUUGUCGUAACAAAUCGUCUCGUUUUCGUAGACUCGAGCGAUCGUCUUCAGGUCUACCGGAGGAUUGAACGUUCGUUUAAAUGACACUCUCAGAAAAAUUCAAUAUUCUAUUCAUCUGAGAUUCGACUGAGAACGCUUCAAAUUUACAUGAGCAAUAAUGAAAUCUGCGAUCGAUAUUAAUUUCGCCUGUUCGUUGAAUCAUCGAUAAAUGACCAAAUUAAGCGAUUAUAAUUAAUAUAAUAUUUUUUUACGAGAUAAGUUGUAGGUAGAGAGUCUUAGUUAAGAUAAAAGUACAAAUGCCUAGACGUAUGCUUAGUCUUGGGCAUAUUCUUGCUGUUUUGGUCUCUAAAUAUUUAAGCUUUUAACUAUAAAAUUUAUGUAUAUAUUUGUGUAUACAUAUUCUAUGUUAAAAGUUUAAAUAUUCGUAUGUAGAGAUCAGAACAAUAAGAAUGCCCAAAGUUAGGUACGUGCCCAGCCAUUGGUACUUUCUUACACGAGUAUCUGGCCAAUCAAAGCCUAAUGCAAGAUGUUUGCUGCAUUUCUAAUGUUUGACAGUGUUGACUCUUUAAGGCUCAGUACAUAUUCAAUAAGCAAAACGUUAGCAGUGUGCCUGCAAAUUGGCAGCAGAUUCGAUCAGAAUAUCAUAGCGGAUCCGUAGUUAUCUAUACAUACAUAUAGCCAACUAUAUUUCCGCAUUAAGUUCGUAUUGCUGUCGGCAGAGUCCGCUGAUAUAAUUUGACAGCGAAUUGGCAACAGAAACCGAGCAAGAUCUGCAGUAUGCUUUAUUCAAAUACAUAUAAAUUUAAGGAACGACAAAUCCUACUCUGGUUUCUGCUUUUAAUCUGCCAUCAUAUUCUGUUGACACAUCCUGUUGUACUUCUGCUAGCUGCCGACAAAAUUUACAUCACACACCGCACAAAAUUUGCUUCUGUAAGUUUGGCUACUUAGGUAAUUCUAUAAUUCACUUCUCAAAUGUUUCAUUGGCAAAGUAAAGAUUUUGUCAAUAAAAUACUAUCAAUUUAUCCUAGAUAGAGCUUCGACCCAAUCUGUGAAACAAUGAUAUUCCCGUUAAGAAAAACCAAUAUGGUGAUUGUGUGCAGAGCAGAAUCUUUGACGCUUCAAAUUGUAUAGAUUUUUUCUCGAAAAAGAGUAAGCAAAUUUUACUUCCUCAAUUUUUUAUUGAGUCACUUCAAAGUACAAGAUGGCGCUUUUAUGUGUGUGUAUGUUCAUUACCCAUCAAGUUAUAAGAUUUAUUAAACCCUAUAUUUGGGGCACACGUGCAGACAUGAAACGUACAUCCAGAAAAUCGUACUUCUCAACGAUCAAUUUUAUUUAGGCCACAAAACUCUUCAUCUCAGCAGUGUCUUUUCAGAUUAUUUUGCGAAGAGAAGAAUCGUAUCUAAACGAGAUCAAUACGUGAGCCUUAAAGAGUUAAUACAUGCUUUAUAAAUGUCCUGACCUAACGCGUACACUUUACGCACCUCUCACGUCAAAUUGAGAUAUUUCUAAUAAUUUUAAGUGGAACGAUACUAAUUAAUAUUAGUGUUGCAAAAAAAACUCCCAACCAAAAUAGUAUUUUUGACGCGUCUUUUGAACUUGCACUGUCGGACAUGAAACAUUCAGCAACUAUCUCGCGUUUGGCCGAUUGGUCAGGCACUCGUCUUCUUUGAUUUGGUUCUUACGAGCCACUUGGUAAUAGGAUUGACUUAAUUAUACGAUUGUAAUUAGUUGAAUAUAGUCAAGUGAGACGAUAAAUCGAUGGUACCUCCGAGUUCGAGAAAUGAAUGUUCAAGUUGAGGAGACAUGGAGGACACUGUUCUAAUGCGGGCUUAAUCCCCUCACGCAGCGACGUCGGAUUUGAACGCGAAUGGACUGCCUUCGGGAGCUACGCCUGUGCACGCUUGUGUUAUGGCAGAAUCCGCUAUAAUCCACCGUAAUACCGAAGAGCUCGUAUGGGAACCGACGUCCAGGUGGUGAGAUCGCGGAGGAAGCAAGAGUCAGCCGGAAAUGAUCGUUCACUUCGAUCUUAUCGUUCGGACGCGACACGGAUGGGAAAAGUUCCGUGGUGUUUCGCGGCGGGCCUUCUCCCAAGUCGCGUAAACUCGUUGUUGCCUCUCUCUCUCUCUCCUCUCUCUCUCUCUCUCUCUCUCUCUCUCUCUCUCUCUCUCUCUUUCUCUCUCUCGGUCGCAGAUCAGUUCCGGGUGACAAUCUUUCCAGUGAUAAUCCAGAAAUCUCGAAUACGCCGAAUGAUCGCAAAUCGCAGACCAGACUUUCGACUUGGAGCACUGAACUGCGAGUCCUUGGACUCGGUUCCGCGCGCGGAACUCUUCGGGAACAGUCGGCGAGUCGGUCGGCGCGGCCGGCCGAUCCUCGCGAACAGUUAGACGUACCGCUUGCAUCCGCGUAAUCGGAUGCGCAACGACGAGGCGCGUGCACGAGCACGACGGGAGAAAGGGCGAGCGGAAGUAUGUACGUAUGUAUGUAUGUAUGUGUGCAUGUGAAGUGAGAGCAGGAGUCCGCGCGAGAAUGACCUGUAAAUAGGCGCAACUAAGUGACGGAUUAAAUUGCCGUUUUAGAGUGUACUACACACACACACACACACACACACACACAUACCGGACCUAAGGAUCGUCGUAAUGACCUAAUUAUCGUUAAAGUACUUCACGGAUUAGCCUUCGAACGAUGCUCGCGUGCGCAUCGAUUUAUUUUUCGCGCGACUCGAGAGAGCGCAUUAUAUGCACACGUAUAUAAAUAUAAAUAUGAAUAUAAAUAUAUAUACACACACGUAAACGCGUAAACGACGAACAAACAAGCAUACACACACACACACAUGUGCAUGACACGUACGUCGAGAAUGUGAACGUGUUCUUCCCCUCGGACGGAAAACUAGUGAAACGCCUAAGUUACGGUUCAAUCGUGAAUUCAUCAUACGCGACUGUUGUUGCUGAUCAUCUCGGGACCGUCGAGCGUUUCCACCCGCUUGUCUUGUCUCAGCCCAGAGGGACACGAAGGAAAAGAAGAAGAGAAACGUAACACGCGCUUGUCUCACGUCGCGCCGAGGACCCGCGACAAGAACAGCGUACGAAAGGUCGUCUCCCUGUUUUCCCAUUUCGCCUGUUCCCCGCACAAAUUCGCGAAAGCGCGGCUGCAUUUCACGGCGGAACGCGGGCGGAAAGCCGACGGAGGAGAAGGCGGGUCAGAAGUUGGAAACGUUCGGCGUUCGCGGAUGUUUACGCGAUUACCGGCGGAGAGAGCCGCCUUCCACCGGUCACGUAAACGUCAGAAAUAAGAUCGCACCGGCGCGAAGGGCCCCCAUCGAGAGCAAGGGAAAAAAGGGAAGGAAGAGGGAGAAACACACCUGGCGGCACACUUCCACCGAAAAUGCCCUUGAUAACGAGUGACGUUGAGAGACGCCGUCGAAUUUCGCUGUUUUCUACCACGAGUCAUAUCAAGUAAUCCACUUUAGUUGCCAGUCGCGGCCGCUGCGCGAGCGUCGUAACGUUAUUAUUGUAUACUCGCGGUUGCCAACGUCGCCGUCGCCGACCCCGGGGAGAGGAAUGAACGCGCGUGGCGAAUCGAGCGGGGGUGAUCGACGCUUGCUCGUCGAAAAUCGAUUGCGAAUCGCCCGGGCCGUUGCGACGGAACCAGAGAGACCUCGUGCAGCUUCUCGCGCGGUUUGAAGAAGCUACGAGAGAAUAGCGCGAUGCAAUGAAACUGCCUGAUGCCCGUCUAUCAACUCUAGUUAACUUAUAACCGGCUGGUUAUUCCAAUAUCGCAUCUAUUAAUUCCGACUAACGAGAAACGCAAUUAGUCAAUUCCAUUGGAGUAACCAGUCGGCUAAAUCAAUCAAAGUGAAUCAGUGAAACAUCAUUGAAAGCAGUAAAUAUACACUGAUUUGCAGCUACAAGUACAGCACUGAAACUGCUCAGUGCUAUACCUAUAACUAAUAUCAGUGACUAUUCACUGAUUGACUUUAAGAGAGAAAGUUGAUAGAAACGGACGUGAGAGGAAAAGAGCGCGAAGCGUUCGUCGCGCUGCUCCGCGAAAUCGAGAGAGCCGCCCGCGGGAGCGGAGUCGCGUCGUUGGCAGCCGAACUUACCGUAACUCGGUCUAAGGAACGCACGUUAAGCCCACACACACGAAUCUCCCCACGUCGUGAUACGGCGUACUACGCGAUUGUUUUGACAGAUCGUUUACAAUAGCUACACAGAAUAACGGAAACACAACGAGGACCGCUCGCUCCCGCAAGGAGGAGGAGCGCGAGACGGACGGACGAACGAACGAUCGAUCGAUCGCGACGUAUCGAUCGUCGUCGUGAAUUGUUCGUUACAAAUAUCUCCGGGGACAAUGUAUAUGAAAGGCUUGAUUCAACUACGGGCUCAUUGACGUUUCGGGAAAUUCCGCCGUCGUUAUCCGCGUUAACAAGCAGAGGUGCCUCCGAAGAGAUGCUUCCAGGAUCCGUUCUCGGGUCUCCGGACGACAACUCGUUUGGACGGCAAGAGAAACAAACGAGCUUAAUCGCGAGUUUAUCGGUUAUCGGCUCCUUUGUUAGACCGCUUUAUUCGUGUCGGGACACUUUUGGUUCUAAUCAAGCUCCAGUUCGCGUUGCUCGGGGCCGAUAUUAACAGCUGCCACUGGAAACUUGUUUCGCGCGUGAGACACGCGGACUUUAUUUCGGAGUUAAGGGGAUAUGCCGUGAUUGAGAACUUGGCGGAUUAAGUACAGGCAUUUUUUGCAAAGUUUACGUCGUACUGAUUGUGCAGGAUUACGAGUGCUUUUACACAAUGAAAGAAUGUGCAUGGAUUCAUUGGAGCACUGCUCAAUGAAAAUGAUAAAAAAGUUCAAAAUCGAUAUCUUUAACUCUUUAAACUCAAGUACCUAAUUAUAUACCUUCACUCUGGGUCAUCCCCGAAUGUGUUAUGUUGAUAAAGUAAUGAUUCCGUAAUACUGUCAUUCGAUUCAUUCUAGAUAGAGAAGAUACUCUUCGAUCCAAUUCGUGAAACAAUAAUUUUCCCGCUGAAGAAACCAACAUGGCGAUCGUGUGCAGAGCAAAAUUAUUGAUGCUCGAAAUUGUGUGAAAUGAGUAUAUUCUAUUUUCUCAAUUUUUUUUCGAUGUUAUCUCAAAAAGUUCGCACAAAGUUCGUACUUUUGUGUUCGUUAUCAUGAUUAUAAAAUUCAUUAAAUUCUACAACUGAAACACAUGUGCAAACAUAGUUAUGUACAUCCCAAAAAUCGCACUUCUCGACAGUCAAUUUCAUCUUAUUCAUCAAGAGCAUCUUUUAACAUUAUUUUGUGAAGAAAAAAGUUAUACUCGGACGAAACUGAUUUGCCUGGGCCUUAAAGAGUUAAAUGUCUACCUGAUUUAAAAGUUUUACAGAUUGUACAUACCAAACGCGUGUUUGCUCUCCACUGAAAAAAAUUUCAAAGAACAUUGCUGCACUUUUACAACUAAAUUUAGAAGCUUGCAAAUAUACGAAAAAUUUUCAGAAAGGUUUCUAUAUAGGCACAAUUAGACUUUAUAAAUAUGGUAAAACAAAACACACUUUUGUAAAAUCAAGCGAACUCACCGAGUGAAGUUCAAUUUGAAUUAAAGAAAUUGAAGUGAAAAGGAUAGCGUGAUCGUGUUAGUGACAAUCAGUAAACACUCUACGUUAUCGACACUUUUGGAGUUAUCCACUUUGGCAUUACCUCAAAUCUACAACUCCCAGUUGAAUUGUGCGAUAUACUUGACGUUACAUACAAUGCACAAUCGCGAUUCAACUGAAAAACUUGCAUUCAACUCUGAAUCCGAGUCUGAGUAUAUCUCACUUGAGACCAGUUUCAAGUAACAACUAUUAACACAGACCCGAGUGCCGCGCGGUAGUUUUGGAUUAUUCUGUACAGUGUACGUCAACCUGCGUCUACGAAGUUACGAUCAGACAUAUCGAUGUUCACGAGAGAAAUAAAGUAAAAGUGUAAAUCGUUCACACUAUGUUGCGUGCUGAACAGCACACGCGCGAAGUAACUGGCUGGCGCGUUGAUGCUUGAUCCGAAAGUAGGAUAUUAGUUAUAACUGAGAAUAAUAGAGUAACAUAGUAGAGGAGUAAUAGCGUAGGAUUAUGAAAUUGCAGUGGAGUUACUUUGUCUAUGUGAUUACGUUGAGCACGAAAGUAGCCUGCCCAAAGUAUCUCUCUCAACAUCUCGAUCCAAUCUACUAAUCCGUCCCUGAUAGUGUGAAUCAAGCCUCGUUGAUUUGUGCACGUAUAUAUCAACAUUCCCCGCGACAUUCACCGCCGAUUCGCGAUGAAUAUCCGCCGACAUAUCGGAUCGACCGCGAUCGCAGUCCAAAAAACCAUAUCCGCGAGCAAAUGCGAAUAUCAAUCGCGCGCCAAUCUCCGCACACACAUAUCCUCCCCCUUUUCGACACGCGAGUUUUUGUCUUUUGGAAGGUCUUUUACCCUCCCCGUGUUUUAUCUUAUGGUUGACAUAUCGACAAAUGCACUUUGCGACCACGUAACGUGCCCCCCCACGAGCGAGAACAAGAGAGACCGGCGUAGAAGAGGAGAAAGAGAGUGUGAGAAUCAGAGUGAGAAUGAGAGAGAGAUAGAUAUGCGAUUGUACGUAGAAUGUACCUUGUUCUAUUGCGAUUAUCGCUCGUUAAUCCAGAAAAGGAGGUAACAGAGAUGAAGGAAAAGUAUAUUUGCGCCCCUCGAAACUCGAUCGUGUGCAUCGCGAAUUAAGAGCGCUUGGAACUAAAUAUUCGUAGAUUAUUAUUUCUUCUCUUAUGUCAUUAGUCAUUUACUCUUUUAUUUUAUUUGCCCUUUUGUAUUUACAGAGGUAUUUAUUUAUAUUUACAGAGAUGUCUCUUCUCGAGACACUCAUAUUUCCACUCUUUCGAUUUCAUCGAAUGAAAUUCCACUCGAGAAGCAGAACAACAGUCAAGUCACUCGAAUUCGAGUGACUUUUCGUUCGUGUGGAAUGAAUUCUCCACUUCCAAUUGUGAGUGAACAUUUUUACUAAAAUUGAAGAGUGGCUUUUGAUAGACCUCACUAUCGUAGAAAUAAAUUUACUUCAAUCGUUUAAUUCACUAAUUAAUUAAUUAUAUGAUUUCUUUGAAACGCUCAACAGUAUUUCUACUCUCUAAAUUUCUUCGAGUGAAAUUUUACUUAAAAGGUGGAAUGAGCUAGGCCACUCUCAAAUUCGAGUAUAGAGUGAGCUAUGUCCUCUGAAUUGUCGAGUGAAUAUUUUCAUUCGAAACCUUAGAGCGAAUCUGAUGUAUUUUAUCGUCGCAGAGACGAAUUCUCCUAAUUAUUUAAUUUAUUAAAAAAAUUAACAUAAAUUAAAAAUCCACUCUAAAUUUCAGUUAAACAUUUAUUCUUGUGAUUCUGAGUGGCAGUAUUCUCAAUUUUGCUUCAAGUAAAAUUUCACUCUUAUUCUCAGCAAGAUUUGUCUCUAAGAAAUUUAGAAUGUAAUUAUACCUUGUAUUAUGCUUUCAUUAUACUUUUUCAGUUUUCCUUUAGUUUAAGUAUGCACAGUCAGAUGAUUAAAGAUUGCAACAUUUCUACUUCGAUAAGUCUCGCAACGCAUUCAAAGAAAAAGUUUAUCUUCUGAGAAUUAUUAAAAAAUUAAAAAUUAUUUUAUUGGAUAUGGAAUAUGUUCAUCCAGGAAAACGUAAUCUCGUCCUUUUAGCGUGGAAUCCUCUUACAGAAAAAUUUCAAUAUAGUUCAGCUUCACAUUGUGGAGAAAACAUAAUUUUAAUGUAAUUUUUAUUACAGUAUUUUAGUAAAGUUUUAACAAAAAGGUUUUAUUAAAAUUUACAAAAUUUUAAGAAAGAAAAUUACAAAUAUAUAAGAAAGAGUUAUAUAUAAAAUUUAAUGAUAUUCUAUUCAAAAAAUUUUACAAAAAAAUUUUUGAUAUGGUUUUAAUAAAAUUUUUGAAUAAGAACAAUUUUUCUGAAUUAAAAUUGUAGUGAAAAUCAUAGAAAUUGUAAACUUAAUUAUCUACCCGGUAUACGAUAUAAAACAUACUCAAGUAAUUUUAUAGUAAGAAGUCAUACAUUUAUAAAUAAAUACAUAGUAAUUUCAGUCAUAAUUCCGUAUGGUUUAAGAUUACAAAGAUAUUGUAACCUUUAUUGCAAUAUUUUCUUCGUAUAUAUAGGAAGAUUCCACUAAGGAUGAGAUUGUACUUUUUAGAAGUCGCAAGACUCAACGGGGAUGAAAGUGUCGCGAGCUUUAAUCAUCUUGUCGUACACACGAAUUUUCGCGCGUAACGAGAAACAUUCGCGACGGGUGUCGGAGACACUCUCGUCUCGAGGCUCGUUUAAUCGAGCACGAGAUCUUUAGAAAUCGCCUCGAGCGAGGUGGCGCGAGAUAAGGAUGAAGGGAGACGUUGGCUUCCGUCGCAAUGUACGACUAACGCUACUGCCAAUAAUAGAGAUCCUACGAUCGAUGUUUCUUCUCGGAAGGAGCGUACGUGCACCUUGACGAGCGAGAUAUUCAUGCGUCAUCGAUUGCUGUAUGGACCUUGCUGCCUUUUGAAACGCGUUUUCGAAGUCUCGGCCCGCCGCCGUUUUCUCGCCGCUUAUCGCGCGUAGUUAACAGUAGGCCGCAGACCUAUUCUGUAAGUUUUUAACGCAUGUGUGUGACACGACACGUCGCGGGGAUGUGCCGCACGGAGCUAACUGAUAGCUGCGCAACGACGUUCAACGAUAACCGAUAUUGUCGUGGAAAGUUACAGAAUAAGCGCGUUGGGCCCGAUUUCUCGCCGACGGCUUUGUGCGCUUUAUCGAUCCGACACGCGUCACACUCGAACGUCCCGAAUUCCCCGCGAGCAUCUUAUCCGGCCGGAUAAUGCACGACACGCGGAAAUUCGGGGUGAGAGGGAGGGGGUGAAAGUUCGAGGGCGACUGUGAGCACGGCGUUUAUCAAGCGCCGUGUGUACGCGGCGGCGAGAAACACGCAGCGGGCCAUGGUCUGUCUGUCUGUCUGUCUGUCUGUCCCGCAUGACGUUGCGAAGAGGCUCUUUGUCGAAGCUUCCGCUUGGUGGACGGACAUUAAAAUAAUCCCCUUCAGCGUCGUCGUCGUCGUCGUCGCCCAUCUUCUUCGCGCGAGAGAUACACGCGGCAUACACAGGGCGCGCCCCUUCUUAAUUAGUUUUUUUUUACUUUGAUAUCGUCUUUACCGAGAUCACUUGGCGUUCGCUGACCUAAAAGUAAUCGAGCUACACUGUGUAACAAAGUGCGCGUUGUAAAGUGACUGUAUAUACAAAUAUAAAAUGAAAUUAUGCGAUUACC